AAUGGGAGAAGAAGGCGGACAUGUUGGAGGCAAUGUGUUGGUUAAAAACUAUCCAGGUGGAAGACAAGAAGAUAUUUUGACGACAGAUUUUGCAGGGUCUUUGGAUUUAACAAUCGUCAUUUGUCUUUAUUUGAACAUUAGGACUGUGGUGGUAUACUUUUUACAUUUACUUGUUUUUUAUUAAUUUUUGCAUCACAAAGUGAGAUUUUCUACAACGUUGGCUGGACAUUUUUCUGACACUGUCUAGAUUGAGUUCUACUUUUCACGGCAUGUUUGAGUGACAUUGUCGAGAGUCUCUAACCUUGGAGUGGGGGAUGGGUGUAUGUGAUUGACUCAACAUUUUCACUUUGGAAAGAGUUUGUUUUGGAUAGUUUUUGCUGAGCUGACUGACAUUUUGUGAAGACUUGUCACAUCAAAAGUGAACGUAUUUUUUAACGGGCUCUUACAAACGUCAAAGAGGCGUUAUAUGUAGCUUGAAGUCUUUGAAGAAACUGCGCUGUCAGCUUGUCGUUCCAUCUGCCAUAAGGGCUAAUUUCGCUGCCGUCUGGCAUCGCAAUGGUUAAAGACGUAGUGUUUUUCCACCCGUUAUUACCUUUGUUUGCCACGCGGGACUGUUCGACUGUGCUGUUUCGUCUUAAACCUACGACGAAACACGACUUUUGGUGUAGUUUUAAUGCGUCUGUUACGAGUACAUCGCGUUUCGGUGUGUCAGGUGAUGGUUUAUUGUGAUACCUGCUCAAAAUUCGACGAUUUAGCUUGUUGUCGUCGUGUUUAAAGAUGGCGACCGGCGCCCGUCUGUGACAGUAAAAUGCGGCUCUUCUAGUAGAAGGGGCGGGGCCACAGUGCUUGGACGUGCGCGUGACACGAAAGCUCAACCAAUGGGAUUGCGUAUGUAACCCCGAAAGCCCGCGUUGUUUGUCUAUUGGCCAACGGCCGCUUUGGUUUUGCAUACAUUCACGUAAUGUAAGCUGUGUAGAAAUGCGCUCAACGUCCUUGGGAAAUGGGAAGCAAAGUCAUAUAUUUAAGCCCAAAACAACCUAUGUUAGUCACCAACGGUUGUCCCCACUUUAACAGCAAAGCAACCGCUUUGAAUUUGGGGGUUUCAAAGACUUCACAGGCUGUUCGGGGUCUUUGGGUGUGGUGACGUGAGGGGCAACGUCAGGAGCCAAUAGGAACGCAGAGGGCGUGGACGUGAGGAGCGCGCUCGGCCAAUGGGGGUCGUUGUCGGUCUAUAAAAGAGCGGGUGUACCCAGGCGGGCGCCAUUUUCACGAAGCAGAAGAGACGGACGUCGCCACAGGAGGGAGCCGGUUAUAAAAACGGGAAGAGGAACGGAACCGGAUCCUGGCUUGACUUUAGUUAAACACAAUCCGGAUCCAUCCUGAUGGAUAUGGCCGUUAACCCGCUCAUUGACAGCUCCCAUGGUGGGGUUGAGGUUGGCAUAAUGGGGCUCACAGCAAUGGACCAGGGUUCUGGCACAGCUGCAAAACGAAUCCGGAAACCGUCCCUGCUUUACGAGGGCUUUGAGAGUCCUGGGAUUCCUCUGUACAACCAGACGACUCACUUUGGUACCCUGCAGCCAGUGGCGAAAGACGUGGGCCGUGCGGGGAAGAUGACCAACCAGCUCCAGUUCCUGCAGAAGGUCUUGCUGAAGUCUUUGUGGCGCCAUCACUUUGCCUGGCCCUUCCACCAGCCCGUAGACGCAGUCAAGCUCAAUCUGCCUGAUUAUCACAAGAUCAUCAAGACGCCCAUGGACAUGGGCACCAUUAAGAGGAGGCUAGAGAAUAACUUCUACGCCAGUGCCAGUGAAUGCAUACAGGACUUUAACACCAUGUUUACCAACUGCUACAUUUACAACAAGCCAUCUGAUGACAUCGUGUUGAUGGCCCAGUUGCUGGAGAAAGCAUUUCUGCAGAAAGUGGCCCAGAUGCCCCCCGAGGAGUUUGAGCUGGCCCCCCCACCUGCGCGCAGUAGGCAAAUGAAAGUUGGGAGGCGUGGCAAAGUCCCAGGAGGAGUGACCACCGCUCACCAGGUGCCAGCGGUCUCUCAGUCGGCGUACUCGCCGCCCACUCCAGAGACCCCUGAAUGCAUCAUCUCAAUCCCUCCGCAGACCAUCUUGACCAAGAGCCUGCAGCUCACAAUGCCGAGUGAGCACGGCAUCCCCUCCAUGACUGGCCUGCCCCCCACGCAGCCCACUACCAAGAAAAAAGGCGUCAAGAGGAAAGCAGACACGACUACACCCACCACAGUAGCCAUGCCCAUCAUGAGUGGCAUGGGUAUGAGUAUGGGGUUGGGUAUGGGCGUGGGGCUUGACUCUCCACUCACUCUCAGUGCUUUAGGAGUGGAGCACAACUCUGAACUGGGCCUCAGUCAGGAUCUGGGCCUCAGUCCAGGCCUGGGCUUCAGCCAGGGCUUGGGCAUGAGUGCAGGCCACGGUGCAGUCACGAUGGGUGGUAAAGCACCUGGGGGCUGCAGGCGAGGAGUGAGCGGACGGCCCAUCAAGCCCCCUAACAAGGAUCUGCCCGACUCCAUCUUGCCAACGCCGACUCGCCGCAGCAAGCUGAGCCCCCAGCUGCGCUACUGCAGCGGGGUCCUGAAGGAGCUGCUGUCAAAGAAGCACGCAGCCUACGCCUGGCCUUUCUACAAGCCUGUGGAUGCAUCCUCGCUUGGUCUCCAUGACUACCACGAAAUUAUCAAGCAGCCCAUGGACCUCAGUACCAUCAAGAGGAAGAUGGACGGCAGAGAGUACGUCAACGCUCAACAGCUAGCCGCAGAUGUCAGGCUGAUGUUCUCCAACUGCUACAAGUACAACCCCCCUGAUCACGACGUGGUGGCCAUGGCUCGAAAGCUCCAGGAUGUGUUUGAGUUCUGCUUCGCCAAGAUGCCGGAUGAGCAGCCAGCACCUCCGAGCUCCUCGUCUUCAUCUUCAUCAUCAUCUUCCUCGUCGUCUGAGAGCGAGCUGACCAGUGAGGAAAGCGAGAGUGAGAGCAGCCCGAGUUCUGACUCUGAGGAGGAGCGGGCCAACCGCCUGGCCGAGCUGCAGGAACAGCUAAAAGCUGUCCACGAGCAGCUUACUGCUCUCUCCCAAGGCCCCAUUGUUAAGCCCAAGAAAAAGAAAGACAAAAAGAAGAAGAAGAAGAGCGAGAAGCAUCGGAAGAUGGACGAGGAGUUGAUGCAGAUUAAAGCGGCCAAGCCACCCAAAGCCAAAGCUUCCAAAACCAAGAGCAGCAAAGCAGGGGGCCUAUCUCUCAUGCCAAUCAAAAAGGCUCAGAGCAAGAAAAAGAGCAAGUCCAAAAAGGGAAGCAUGAUGUUCAACAUACCUCAAGCUCUCUCGGAGCCCAUAAUCCCUCAUUUCGACUCCGAUGAGGAGGAGGAGACUGCGCCCAUGUCGUACGACGAGAAGCGUCAGCUCAGCCUCGACAUCAACAAGCUUCCCGGCGAGAAGCUGGGUCGCGUAGUCUACAUCAUCCAAUCACGUGAGCCGUCGCUCCGAGACACCAACCCCGAGGAGAUCGAGAUAGACUUUGAGACGCUGAAGCCGUCGACUCUGCGGGAGCUGGAGCGAUACGUCAUGACGUGUCUGAGGAAGAAGCCCCGCAAGCCCUACGCAAUUAAAAACAGUGCCGGAAAGUCUCGUGAGGAGCUGGCACUGGAGAAACAACUGGAGCUGGAAAGAAGGCUGAUGGACGUCAGCGGGCAGCUCAACUCUGGGAAGAAGCCCAAAAAAGCCAAGUUGGAGAAACCUGCCACCGAGUCCAACACUCAGCCGUCACGCCUCAGCGCCAGCAGCUCCUCCUCAGACUCGUCCUCAUCCUCCUCCUCGUCCUCUUCUUCAGACACCAGCGAGUCCGACUCUGGCUGAGACUCAGAACCCUUUUACAAAAAAAAAAACGGGGGCCGUAUGUGACAGACCCCCGCAUGCACCACUUCCUGCUAAGUGGACUGGAUCGGCAGAGCGGGCCAGGUGACACCAGGACCUGUAGUCCAACUGUCAGACCGGGAAAGUUGGUGCCCUCCUGCUCUCGGCUCACUCGUCUGUCCACGAGAGGGACGGAGGGAAGCGGGUGACUUGUUUCGGGUCCAGGGGGUUCUGAAGCGGGCUUAGUGAAGGAUGCGUCACGGGAGAGAAGCGCCGAGGAGUCUGUCUUCUGGACAAGAUUUCCCUUCCUCCUGUGCUCGCUCUCUUGACAGUGUGUAUAUGUUCUGUACAGUUAUAGAACUUUUCUUUUAUAAAGAAGCAUUUUACUUCCCUCUGUGGGAACCCGGCAGACAGAAAUGUGUGCGAGUGUGUGCGCGCAGCCUGGUAAGGUUUGGUAAGUUUUGACGCAGGCGUUGAAAAAGGGGUGUGGUUCAGUAGCUCCACACGUGCUAGUUUGUGGCGUGCUGCUCUAACGGUGUGAUGUUGUACAUUUAGUCUAAGUUAAAGUUGCUCCUGUUUGUUUUUCCUGAUUCUCUGCACACUUGUUUGCUCCUUGUGACCAAUUUGCUAAUAAAAAGCUGCCAGGAUGCCCAAAUAA